AUGAAGCUGUUAAAAGCUAUUAAAUUAAACUACACUGCUUUAGUUAAAGCGCUGGAAAAUAUCUAUGAGGACACAAAACUACCUGAAAUUAGGGCCAAGUCUAAAGGAAUUAUAACGCAAAUGAAAUCGUUUAAUUUUAUUUUUUCUUUAAAUAUGAUGUAUCCAAUUUUAAAAUUAAUCGUAAAAGUAAGUGCAAAUCUUCAGGCUAAACAACUUAAUUUGUUAUCAGCUAUUUCAUUAAUUACUUCAUUGAAUACUACACUUCAAAACUUUCGGUCAGAUGACUCAUUUUUUAACAAUUUAUACAAAGAAACCGUUCAGUCAUGUACUUUGGAAAAUAUAAGUAUUCCAGAAGUCCGUAAAAGAAAAGUCUCAUGUCUGUUGGAUAGUAAAAAUAGCUCAUCUCAAAUAUUUCAUGAAACUAUGGAACAGGAAAUAAAAAUUAACUGUUUUAAUGUAGCACUUGAUAAUAUGAUAAGUGGGCUUAUCACUUACUAA